UUGGAAAAGCACCGUGGCCGAAAAGUUCGGGAAAAAUGGAAAAACUAACAGGCGUAAAGACUUUAUUCGUGCAUCCGCUGGCGGGAUAAGGAACAACAGCUAUGGAUCUACAUAUCUCCUUCUCGAAGCUCUUUUCGUGCUGACAAUGGUGUCGAAGGCGGAAAAAACGCAGCCUUUCACGCAAUUCCAUUGAAAGUAAAUUUACUCAUGGAGAAAGGAGCAAGUCAGGAGUCAUGAGCACAGGUGUGAAGAAGCCUCCAUUAGCUCCCAAACCUAAACUCCCUGCCACUACCAAGCCCUCUCCCCCACCCAUUGCUCCCAAACCUGGUCUUCUUCCUCAAUCCACUGUUGUCUCCCAACCAUCCCCAGCUACUCUCAAGAGAACCAAACCAGCUGUUGCCCCCAAACCAUGCAUUCCCAAAUCUACUGCCUCCUCUCCCUCUGUUUCCCCCCUGCCACCCAAAGCCAGUGGACCCCUUAUCCCAUCUCAGGAUCAACAGGAGGCUGUAGAAGAUAGCCUCUCACUUCUCAACUCUAAAAAUGGGUUUUUAUGUGAGACAAGCAAACAUGAAUUGGACUACAUUAUUCCCACUUGCUCAUGUGGACUUCAGGACUGUUCUCAGUGCCAGCAUCUGGAAAAUGGAAAUGCAAGUGAUAUUGGGAAUGAUUUGCACAAAGAUCUGCCACACAAUGGGAUUUCUGCAGAGGGAUGUGGUUUCACAGGGACAAGGCUACAAGGCUUAGCAGAAAAGCUGGGAGAAGGAGUAGCUGGAGAAAAGGACGAAGGAAGAGGGAUUAACAAAAAACCCAGGGACAAACCUCAAAGGCAGAGACACUUGGAGAGGGGUUUUGUGAGUAAAGCGGCACAGAGGACUGAAGAGCAAAAGGAGAGGGCAUCAGAGACUUUAAGCACUCAGGAAAGCCCUUCAAGUCAGGCAUGUGCUGGUCCUGAGCCUGCAAAGAUUGAUCCACACACCGAGAGCCCACACACAGAUUUAACAGACUCACAUUCAGUCUGUGAUGUUGCAGGCAGCAUCAUUGUCUCCCCAACUGUCACUCUUUAUGAGCCUGCAGGUGCUUCUGAAUCUUCUCAAAUAGACAACAGUGAGCCUGUCAGUGGAGCAUGUCCUACCAGGUUAAACCCAGACCUGGAGGUCCCUGCUCCGCCCAGUAAGCCUCUCCCAGUCCCUCACCCACGUAAAUUUAAGAAGCCAGCCCUUGUGAGACAGGAUGGCAUGGAAGGCAGUGUUCAGGAUCAGGUAGCAGGGGAACAACAAGAAGUGCUCGAGGCUGAGGGGAAACUGAGUUUAGCUGGUCUGUGUCUCAGUUCAGAGGCCGAGGAGCUGGAACGGGAUGUAAGUGAAAACCUUCUACUAGAAAAAGACUUGUUUCUGGAAGAUGAUGGGUCCGUUGCUCCCGUUCCCCCUCCUCGACAGACCUCCCUGUCACCUAGCCUCCAUAGGGCAGUUCAAACACCCUUAAAACUUAAUAGAAACACCUCCCACUCUUUAGACCUGCUCUCACAACCAGAACCCAUGAGCCACAAAAAAGAGGGGGAGGAGCAUCAAGCAGUGCAGGAAGAAGAAGAUGGGUAUGGCGAUUUUGCUCGGUACCCAAUUGCUCACAGCCUCCCCAAGCAAAUCAAACUCAACUGCCACCCACCUUUGGUUGGCACAAGGAAGGCCUUUUCAGCAGAUGAUCAGCAGUCACCAAGGGCACCACCAAGAAAACCUCAGCGACACAGCCUGCCAGCACCCCCCCCACCUUCAGUUUGCCCUCCUGCACCUCCACAUGCUAACACCCCCAUGAGAGAGCUGCCUGCUCCGCCUCAGGAGAAAACAUCCUGGCGCUUUACCCGACCCUGUGUAACCUUCUUUAGCCGGCAGAUGCCCACAAGGAGCAGCGUGCCAUCAAAAAGCCGUGUCCCAGCACUUGGGGGCAAGCAGAGGGCGCAGUCCUUCUCUGCCGCUGACCUGGCAACCCGAGUCGACUCUCAAAAGAGGAGUCUGUCUUUCCGGAAGCUGCUGGAGCUCAGGCUGUCUGUCAAGAUGCUGCCAAAGCUGUUGGCCAAGGGAGGGCAGUCUCUGGAUUGUACCAGUGUGGAAUCAAACCGGGGAGAGAGAAGCCUGGAGCGGCCCAGUAGCUGCAUAGGGGAGACUGAUAUUAGUGGAGAAGUUGGAGAAGGUUCAGCAGAGUAUGAGAAUGUUCCCCUCUACGAGGAGAUCCCUGAGUACAUGAACCUACCGUUUCACAGUGCAAGGCUGGGCUGGCCACAUGAUCCUGAUUCUGACAUCUAUGAGGUGCAGGAUCCCUAUCAGAGAUGCCAGGACUCUGACUAUGAGAGUGGUUGGCUAAGGCAGGAUGUCCACUCUGAGGAGGAAAUCCACAGCUCAGAUGAAGAGGACAACAGCUCCACCUCCAGCAAGGAGCAUCUGGAUGAAGCAGAUCGACAGCAAGAGGAUGAGAUGAAGAGGAAGAAGGUGGUGCACAUUGCCCAGGAGAUCAUGAGCUCAGAGAAAGUGUUUGUGGAUGUCCUAAAGCUUCUUCACAUUGACUUUCGGGAUGCUGUUGCCAAGGCAACCCGCCAGAAUGGGAAACCAGUGGUAGAUGAGCGUAUCCUCACCCAAAUCCUGUAUUACCUGCCACAACUGUAUCAGCUGAACAGAGACCUGCUUAGAGAGCUGGAGGAGAGAGUUGCACACUGGAGCGAUCACCAGAGACUGUCCAACAUCUUUGUCCAGAAGGGUCCUUACCUAAAGAUGUACUCCACCUAUAUCCGUCAGUUUGACAACAAUGUGGCUCUGUUGGAUGAACAGUGCAGGAAAAACCCAGCAUUUGCGGCUGUUGUUCGAGAGUUUGAGAUGAGUCCAAGAUGUGCAAGUCUGGCUCUGAAACACUAUCUGCUGAAACCAGUGCAGAGAAUCCCUCAAUACCAGCUUCUGCUCACAGAUUAUUUGAAGAACCUCCCAGAGGACUCUGAGGAUUAUAAAGACACACAAGCUGCCCUCAGUAUAGUGAAAGAAGUGGCCAACCAUGCUAAUGAUAUUAUGAAACAAGGGGACAACUUUCAGAAGUUGAUGCAGAUUCAGUACAGUCUUAAUGGUCACCAUGAGAUUGUUCAGCCUGGAAGGGUUUUUCUGAAGGAGGGUACGCUCAUGAAGCUGUCCAGAAAAGUCAUGCAGCCACGGAUGUUCUUCCUGUUUAAUGAUGCACUAAUGUACACCACUCCGGUCCAGUCUGGCCAGUAUAAACUUAACAGUGUCCUCUCUCUGGCUGGAAUGAAGGUGAGUAAGCCCAGUCAGGAGGCCUAUCAGAAUGAGCUGAACAUUGAGAGUGUUGAGCGCUCUUUCAUCUUGUCUGCCAGCUCAGCUACAGAGAGAGACGAGUGGCUGGAGGCUAUCGCCAAGGCCAUAGAUGACUACACAAAGAAGAAAAUAACUUUCAUAUCCAGUCGUAGUCAGGAGGAGGCUGAGGGUGUUGUGGACAGUGGAGCCCCAUUGGGUUCAAAGGCUCCAAUCUGGAUCCCAGACCUGAGGGCCACCAUGUGCAUGAUCUGUACCUGUGAGUUCACCCUUACCUGGAGGAGGCAUCACUGUCGCGCCUGUGGCAAGGUCGUGUGCCAGGCUUGCUCCGCUAAUAAGUACUACCUAGAGUACUUGAAGAACCAGCCAGCACGUGUGUGUGACCACUGCUUUGCCAAGUUGCAGGAGAGCAGUGACCGCUGUGCAUCUACAUCAGUUUCUCCGAUCAAAUCAGGAGCAUUCUCCUUCACUAGGAAACAGAAGAAGAUCCCUGCUGCACUAAAAGAGGUGUCUGCCAACACAGAGAACUCCUCCAUGAGUGGCUACUUAAACAGGUCAAAAGGCAACAAGAAGCAGUGGAAAAAGCUGUGGUUUGUCAUUAAGAAUAAAGUCCUGUAUACUUACGCCGCCAGUGAGGAUGUUGCAGCUUUGGAGAGUCAGCCUUUGCUGGGCUUUUUCCUGCGAGAGGAAAAAAAUGGGCCAGCUCAGAAGCUGCAGUUUAAACUCUAUCACAAAAACACGCUGUUUUACAUCUUUAAAGCUGAUGACAUCCCCACUGCACAGAGAUGGAUCGAAGCCUUCCAAGAGGCGAUGAUUCUUGAACAAGAAUGACCUUUUUAGAGAAGUUCUGGAGCCAGUCAACAGAAACUUACGACCCCUGAUCUCAAGUCAAGGGCCACAAGCUCAGGAAGUACUCCAGAUGGACCGUAUACUUUGAACAGAAACACCACAGAAUGUAUGUGGAAAUAAGGCGGCUUUUCCCUCUAAGAACUGGAUUGCAUUUCGGCUAUGCAAACUUAUUUCUGUCUCCAGCAGCGACUGAUGCUCAGCACUGCUGGUUGAAGUCAGAGCCAACAGCUGUGGGUCAAAGGUCAAGUUCAGAAGCAUGUGUGUGGAAGUGUCACAGUACAGUUGUUAUGACCAGUUUAAAGCCCUUGGAAAUCCUUGGAGGACUGGAGUUUGGGGGUCAUUUUAAAUACAAUGUAUGAAGGAAUUAACUACAAAACAAACAAAUAAUGCUGUCCAUCUUCAUUCAAACAUGUUGGUGUUGGCUACUUUUUUGGUAUUAAAACACACUAUGUCAUUUUGUUUUAGCAAUUGAUCAAAUUCACUAAGCAGCCAGCUUGAAAUGUUCAUAAUGGUGAGGUUUAAUUGACUCGUACAUGUAAAAUAUCACUAAAAUUAGUUUAUGGAUUGAAGGUGGGAUUUUACUGUGAAAAUCAGACAUCUGCAAAAAAAAAGAUAUUCAGCUCUUUAGGUUAAUCUCUCUGGUUUAGAGAUUUUAUUUUUAGAUUUAAAAUGCCACAUUUGAAGCAGCAUCCUGGUGAAAACUGGAAUUGUCACAGAUAAUGUAGAUAUUUUUUAAAUACAGUUGAAAUGUGUCUUUGCCUAAUUAGCCACAUUAGAAGUGGCCCAUAGGUAAUACUGUGUAUAUGAACAUAAAAAGAGCAACAUUGACUUUUUUAUAUUGAAGCCAAGAGCUAAUAUUUAUGAAGUGGGAAGAGGUUGAUUUAUUGUUUGAAAUGCACCAGCUGCCACUUUUUGAGGAGUCAGGGUUUAUCGGUAAAUAAUUUACAUCAAAACCAUUAUUUUUUUUAAUUGUGUUAAAACAUUUGAAGAGAUCUGCUUACAGAAAUGAGCAUAUGUUUUUCUUUAAGUAAAUACUGUGGAAAAAGAAUUCAUUAAUUAUAUUUUUAAGAAAAUUCACAAAAAAACAGGAAACAUUUUGAAUUAACUGAUUUUGUUACCGUUAUUGUGCCUUAAUCUUUUGUAAGAUCAAUGCAAUAGAAUUAAUGUUAUGACAUAUUUCACUAAAUCGGGACAUGUAGGCAUUCAGAGUUUACAAUUACUGUUUAUAGUAGGACAUUUGUGGAUUAUAAACAUACAUAUUUUCUGGUUUGUUUGCUCUUGGUUAGAUUGCUGUAUGUUGCACUACCCAUCAUGGACCAGUAACCAAAUCACAUAUUUACUGAAGGAAUGAAACAAUACUUUUAAAAAAGAGCUGCCACAUAUUCAUAUCCUCAUGAUUGUACAUUACUAAUGAUGGUUUGUAAACAGCCACUCUGUUACAGAGUUAGAGUCCUCUAUAAACUACAAUUCUAAACUGUCAGGCAACAGUUUUAAUAAAAUAUACAUAAAUAUA